CUUCCAAAAGCCAUGGCUGAACAACUAGGUCUGUUCAUAAGUUCAGAACCUGGUGAUUCUACACAGGUUAAACCAUUACCUGAGUCUAUACCGAAAUUUGAUGAUGAAUAUGAAGUUCUUGGUAAAGCAUCAGGUCAAGCUCCACGUGGUACAACAUUCCCUUCAAUCGGAGACUCUGAUCUCUAUCCGGGAGGCGAGAAGUACCCUUCUCUAGACCCUAUGGGCACAUCUUCAAAGAGGCCAUUCAAUGGCAUGAUUCCAGGGAAGAAUCAUCCACUCUUUGGACAAACUGGCGGAGCGCCAACAUUUAGAGGAGACCAUCCCUUGGGAUCACGCUAUGAUGAUCCAAUGGGUGGUGCCUCAGAUUUGGAUAGCGAAGGGAUGGGAUUACCAAGGGGCUCUUACAGACGUGAUGGUUCCAAUCCAUCACCAUUUGACUCCCCCUUCAGCGGGAGUGGUGGCUUUGGAGGUGCUGGGUUCAUCUAGCUAUAACACCAUUACAUAUCUUUCCUUUUUUAGUUUCUGAAACCGACCAAAGACGUUUAUCUAUACAUUAUGGCCUCGACUUAGUAUAAACAGCUAGUGUUUCGUUUCCCUUUGCCAAUAUCAGAAUUUUAUAAGAGUGAAGCUCAUAGAGCCCAAAACCUUCCUUCGUCAGCUUCAAGUCCCUUAGAUCAUCAAAGUCCUCUAACUUUGCAACACCAUAACCU